AUGGCUUCUGAGAAGUGGGUCAUGGCAGUUUUUGCGGUGCAGCUUUGCUGUGUCGGCUAUGGCUUGUGCGGCAAGGUCCUUGUGUGGCCCUGUGAUAUGAGUCACUGGCUGAAUAUGAAGACUAUUCUUGAGGAGCUUGUGGUUAGAGGACAUGAGGUGACAGUCCUGAAAUAUUCCACUAUCAUGAUGGAUCAGAAUAAACAUUCUGCACUUCACUUUGAGAACAUCCCUCUGUCUCAUGGGGAAGAAAUUGCGGAGAAUCAUCUAAGUGAGCUAGUGGACCUAGCUGUGAAUGUCAUUCCAAACUUACCCAUUUGGCAAGGAACAAAAAAAUUGCAAGAAUUCUUUUUCCAAUUGACGUCAGUGUUUGAAGAUCUCUGCAGGAAUGUAUUGUACAACCAGACAUUCAUGAGAAAGCUCCGAGACACAAAAUACGAUGUAAUGGUUAUAGAUCCUGUCAUUCCCUGUGGAGAGCUGGUGGCUGAGGUGCUUCAAGUCCCUUUUGUGAACACUCUGAGGUUCAGCAUGGGUUACACCAUUGAGAAAUACUGUGGCCAGCUUCCACUUCCCCUGUCCUAUGUACCAGUUAUCAUGGGUGAACUAACAGACAAUAUGACCUUCACAGAAAGGGUGAAAAAUAUGAUGCUGUCAUUGUUUUUUGAAUUUGGAAUUCAGCAAUAUGACUUUGCAUUCUGGGAUAAGUUUUACAGUGAGACCCUAGGAAGACCUACCACAUUCUGUGAGACCAUCGGGAAAGCUGAAAUUUGGCUAAUCAGGACCUAUUGGGAUUUUGAAUACCCUCGUCCACAUUUACCAAAUUUUGAGUUUGUGGGAGGACUGCACUGUAAACCUUCCAAGCCAUUACCUAAGGAAAUGGAAGAGUUUGUCGAGAGUUCAGGGGAACACGGUAUUGUGGUGUUUUCUCUGGGGUCAAUGGUCAAAAACCUGACAGAAGACAAAGCCAACCUCAUUGCCUCAGCCCUUGCCCAGAUUCCUCAGAAGGUUUUGUGGAGAUACUCAGGAAAGAAACCAGCUACAUUAGGAUCCAAUACUCGGCUUUUUAACUGGAUUCCCCAGAAUGAUCUACUUGGACAUCCUAAAACCAAAGCUUUCAUCACACAUGGUGGAAUGAAUGGGAUCUAUGAAGCCAUUUACCACGGGAUCCCUAUGGUUGGAAUCCCCAUAUUCGCUGAUCAGCCUCACAACAUUGCUCACUUGAAGGCCAAGGGAGCAGCCCUGAAAGUAAAUUUGAACACAAUGACAAGUGAAGAUUUACUCAGUGCCUUGAAAGCCAUCAUUAAUGAGCCCUAUUAUAAAGAAAACGCCAUGAGGUUAUCAAGAAUUCACCAUGAACAGCCAGUGAAACCCCUAGACAAAGCUGUCUUCUGGAUUGAGUUUGUCAUGCGCAACAAAGGGGCCAAGCAUCUUCGAGUGGCAGCACAUGACCUCACCUGGUUCCAGUACCACUCCGUGGAUGUGAUUGGGUUCCUCCUGGUCUGUGUUGUAACUCUGGCAUUCAUCAUGACUAAAUGUUGUUUGUUUACUUGUCGAAAAUUUUGUAUGUCAGAGAAGAAGAGAAGGGGGAACAGAAAAAAAAAGAACUAG